UUGCAAAAAUAGAAACUUUAUAGGGGGCGAAUUGCAUUUUAGCCUUAAUACUACGUAGAAAGAAAAAAUCAAGAAAAUAAAAAGAAAUAAUAAUUUUCUUUUUCUAUAGUUGAUAAGUUCAAAUCUCUCUUCCCUUCUGUUAUAUAUAAUCUCUUCAUCCAUUCCUCAUACAUCUCUGCCGAUUCCUGCGGUUUUUUCUCAGCAUAAAGAUUCUAAUCCCACCACCAUCUCCGCCGCCUCUCCGCCUCCCACCGCCGCCACCCAGAAUUUUCCGUAUAUUCCGGAUGAAAUAUUUAUAUUCUUUUGUAGGUAUAGAAGUACAUCAAAAUCAUGUCAAGUAUAGCAACAUCUCUUUCUGAAAUCUCUCUCUCUCUCUCCCGCCGUCGAAAAACUAUCUCCGUCGCCGAUCGUUGGCCUUUCUCAUAAUAAAAAUAAUAAAAAUUCAUUCUUUCACUAUUUUUCGAAUUUAAUUUCUUAAAAAAAAAAGAAAAAAAAAUCAUGGUCAGAAAAAGGAUACGAGGUUUCUUGCUCAAACACCGGGUGACGACACUUUUCCGGCGACUAUUCCGGCGAAACUGCUCGCAGUCAGCUUACAGCCGGCUGGACCCACCUCGAUGCAACCGGGUCGAACCCUUCUCGAAGCUCGCCAGCUGGACCCGCUGCCUGAGAACAAAAGCAAAAGAGAUCCUAUCAAAAAACUACAACAACUCUUGUCGUGGAUUUAUCCGGGUCGGGCAAGAACCGUUUAUUGAAAAACCGGCACCGGUUCCGAAAGGGCAUAUGGCGGUUUACGUGGGUCAAAAAGACGGUGGCGAUUUCCAGAGGAUAUUUGUGCCGGUGGCGUUUUUCAACCACCCUUUGUUCGGAGAUUUGCUGAAGGAAUCCGAAAAGGAAUACGGGUUCAAUUAUCCGGGUGGGAUCACCAUACCCUGUCGGAUCUCGGAGUUUGAGCGUAUCCAAACCCGGAUCAAAUCGGGUCAGUCUACCCGGAAGUUGCGAUGAUGACGACAAAAGGCGUGUGUUGUUUUUUUUAUUUAUUUUUUCAAAUUCACUGUAUGGUUGGUUGUACAGAAGCGGAGAAUUUUGAUAUUAGAUUAUUUAGCACCUACAUUUAUUUUUA